UGUAAUCUGAUGAAAAGGGUCGUCAGCCAAACAAAUUCCUUAAUGCAAAUUGGUAUAUAAUUCAUCAGGUUGAAGGGUGAGUUAUUAUUCUUUGCGCUUUGCAAUGAUAGCAUGGUAAAUUAGAAAAUUAUCAAACACGUGCAUAAUGCAAGUUUACCAAUCAAUCAAUUGGGGAAGCGAUGAAAGUAAGCAACUCGGCUCUUAGCUCGAUUGUAUUAGAACUGGAAUUCAGAUGUAGUUGUCCAAAACUUCAGCUGAUGUAGACGUAGGAGUUUUGGUACCGCCAUUUCUACAAGUAUCGUAGCAGUUGUGUCAUCAUAUCAUGUAAGAUCCUACUUUAUCGGUCACUGAAACUUGUCUUAAUCUUUGUAGGCAAGGAACCUUUUUAAUUAGCGGGUUUGUCCUGGUGGAGAAUCUAUUCUACUUCACAUAUUAGGUUGGAUUCCUGUAUUCGCCGUAAAAGCAAAAUUACAUUUUAAGCUUUCUUAAUCUUUGCAGGUUGGACGAUAUGAUCCUAUCUUCACGUGAUAGAGAUAGAUAGAAGAAGAAAGUGGGGUUGUUCCGUCCUGUUCGGGGCGAAUCCGUGCGCGGGGAACAGAAAUCUGCGCCCCAUUUAGAAGUGGCUAGAUUCAAAACUGUAGACCAUGGAAAAAAUUAUUCAUUCUAAAAGGGUGUCAUGCUGCUCUUGUUUUGUUUUUGUUUUUUUGAUCUAUACAUGCUGUUAUUUUUACAUCUCUAACAAUUGCUUAGAAAUUCAAUAACUUUUUCCGAUAGAUGGCCCAUGCACUUGAAUUUGCCAAAUGAAAACAUGGAACAAGUAUUUCACGUUCAUACCAUUAGGAAUGCCUUAUUUCUCAAGAAAACUAUGUCCCUUCUCCUUUUGUUCUUUCACAACUUCCUCACCGAUCAAACACCAUAAAUCUUUUCUCUCCACCUCUACCCUCCAAAACCCAGAUCCUAUAUCAUUCAAUGACUCAAACAAACCACCUAAUAAUACCCACGAUAACAUUCUCAACAAAUCUUCACCGUUUCAUCACCAUAAUAAUAAAGUCAACGAUGUCAUCCUGUCCAACCAAGUUAUUACUAGCUUUAUCAGAUCAGGUGACCUGGAUUCUGCUCUUGAACUCUUCAAUAACAUGACAAUUAAAACCACAGUUACAUGGAACUCAAUUUUGGCUGGCUACUCUAGAAAGCGCGGAAAAAUGAAGAAUGCCCGUGAACUAUUUGACAAAAUACCUGAACCAGACACAAUUUCUUAUAACACUAUGUUAGCUUGUUACGUGCAUAAUUCUGAUAUGGAGAAAGCUCAAGCUUUCUUUGAUUUAAUACCCAAUAAAGAUCCAGCUUCUUGGAAUACAUUGAUAUCCGGUUUUUCCCAGAACGGGAAAAUGGCCAAAGCGCACAAGUUGUUCUUGCAAAUGCCUUAUAAAAAUGUUGUUACGUGGAAUGCUAUGAUAUCAGGGUAUAUAGCAUGUGGGGAUUUAACUUCAGCUUGGAAGUUGUUUAAAACUAUGCCAGUUAAGAAUGUUGUGGCUUGUACAGCUAUGAUAACUGGGUACAUGAAACUUGGAUUCAUAAAGUUAGCCGAGAAAUUAUUUAAAGAGAUGUCAACGGACAAUGUGGUUACAUGGAAUGCUAUGAUUUCUGGUUUUAUUGAAAAUUCUAGAGCUGAGGAUGGUGUGAAGCUGUUUAGAACAAUGGUAGGGUUUGGAAUUAGGCCGAACCCGUCAACUUUGAGUAGCCUUUUGUUAGGUUGUAGUGAGUUGUCUGCUCUACAGUUGGGAAGGCAAGUUCAUCAAUUGGUUUGUAAGUCUCCGUUGGCUAGUGAUAUGACUGCUGGCACAUCAUUAGUUAGUAUGUAUUGCAAAUGUGGAGAUUUAGAGGAUGCUUGGAAAUUGUUUCUUGAGCUUCCAAGGAAGGAUGUAGUCACAUGGAAUGCAAUGAUUUCCGGUUAUGCUCUACAUGGAGCAGGUGAGAAAGCUCUGAGGUUGUUUGAUGAAAUGAAGAAGGAAGGAAUCACACCGGACUGGAUUACCUUUGUUGCUGUAUUAUUGGCUUGCAACCAUGCUGGUUUUGCAGAUCUUGGGCUUAAAUAUUUUCACUCUAUGGUGAGUGAUUAUGGAGUUGAAACUAAGCCAGAGCACUACACAUGUAUGGUAGAUCUUCUUGGUCGAGCUGGUAAGUUGGAUGAUGCUGUAGAUUUGAUAAAAAGAAUGCCUUAUAAACCUCAUGUGGCUAUAUUUGGAACUCUUUUGGGUGCUUGUAGAGUACACAAGAAUACAGAGAUGGCUGAGUUUGCUGCCAAGAACUUGCUUGAUCUUGAUCCAACAAGUGCGACUGGUUAUGUUCAACUUGCAAAUGUUUAUGCAUCUCUGAACCAAUGGGACAAUGUUUCCAAGGUUCGAAAAUCAAUGAAAAGCAACAAGGUAGUAAAGAUCCCUGGGUACAGUUGGCUUGAAGUUAAGAGUGUAGUUCACAAGUUCAGAUCAGGGGAUAGGGCACACCCAGAACUGGCUUCAAUAUAUCAGAAAUUGAACGAACUAGAGAAGAAAAUGAAGUUAGCAGGAUAUGUUCCAAAUCUUGAAUUUGCAUUACAUGACGUGGGUGAAGAGCAGAAAGAGCAGCUUUUGCUGCAGCACAGUGAGAAGCUGGCAAUUGCAUAUGGCCUAAUCAAAUUGCCAUUAGGGACUCCCAUCCGGGUUUUCAAAAACUUGAGAGUAUGUGGUGACUGCCAUUCUGCUACAAAGUACAUAUCAGCAAUCGAAAGAAGAGAAGUUAUCGUCAGAGAUAGUAUAAGGUUUCAUCACUUCAGGGAUGGUUUUUGCUCCUGUGGUGAUUAUUGGUAGAUUUGCAUCAGACAAUCGACGUCUAUGAACAUGUUCUUCCUAAUAUGAAGUCCUUAAUCUAUGAAAACACAAAACUUGUUAAAGUGCAAGGAAGAACUUGGUUAUGCUUAGUCUUACAUGAGAAGUGCAUCUGGCUAUAUUCAACCGGUUGAAGUUAAUUUCAAAUAUAAGUUGUUGGGAAUACAUUGCUUUAAGUUGGCUGCUGAAUAAGGUUUGAUUUUGUUAUGGAGGAGAAUAGGGUAAUUGAGGUAAUGUCAUGUGUUUCACGAAGUCAUAUCGGGUGGUACACCAGAAUUUGAGAACCGACUUCGUUGCACUAAACCUAGCAUGUUUGGGAACAUAAAAUGGCAGGCACCAAGGGAAAUUGAUUGCUCUGGCAUGCUUCAAAGGCUGCUUCUUGUGGAACCUGAGAGUACGUGGAAAGCUGUUCAACAAUUCUCAAGUGAAGAAGGGAUAGGACUCGUGUUAAGAGGUUCAGAGCAAUAUCAAAUCAGGUUGCCUGCGAACCUUAUUCUAGGAGAACAGCUUUUAACCCCCAGUGUACGGUCAGAAAAUAUUGCAACGGAGCAAAGUUGCUAUACAAACUCUGCUCAGAUGUGAAUACCUGGUAGCCACACUGCCAGAGAAUUCUCUUGCCAGCUUUCGUAGGACAACUUUGGAUGCUUUGUGUAAUUACUCCAUGCUCGUUCUAUUUUCAUUUUAGAUUAGAUUUGAACAGUUAAUUUAAGGGCACCCUUUCUACUUUUGUUGAUGUCAAUUUGGACUUGAUUUCAGCAAUUCUGUUUGGGAGCAAUUUUUACAGAAAUAGAGCCUACUUUCUUAAGACAAAACCACCUUUCACCAACAUCAAA